CAAAAGGUUGCACUUUGUGAUAAAAAUUAUCAUUGUUUUAUUUCAAAGCAUUGCUUCGAGCUCAGUGGUUCACCAUGCUUGCAAAAGCUGUUAUACUUUUGCUAUGUAUUCUUGGAGUCCUCUCUUCUCUGCCUCAGGAAAACACCCAAGGACUCCCAAACACUCAGUGCUCAAUGGAGGAACAACCAACCCUUGGAGGAAUGAAGUCCGUCUCUUGUUUGUUGGAGUCAGUUGUAAUGGAGCCUUUGAAGAAUCCUGCUAUAGAGAGCUUCGAUUUAUUUCGUCAGAAUAUAAACUCACCAGAAGCACUGGGAGCUUUCAUGCAAACACUCCAGCAUUGUAAUUGUCUUGUUCCACCUCAAAACACGAGUGAGUAUCACGCCGACCCAGUAUACAACACUGGCCCUCAUGUUACAGUCAGACAGCUCUACGAUACAAGGAUAAAUCCAUCCACCAUUGUGUUUCAAGAGCGCCAAUAUCUUCCGGAGCCUAUUGUCAAUGGCAACAUGACUGCAUCCCUAACGACAGAGUGGUUGCUAAGUGACCAUAUAAAUUCAUUGGAGGGUUUCGUGAGUUAUUUUUCUCAGCAUGAGGGUGACAGUGAGUGGAGCAAUCUUGUUGAAAUCGCAGUGACAUUAAAUAACUCUGUGCUAUCUCUGAUCAACUUUAACUUUUCGUCACAGUGUCCUCAAGACAAGCGUGUUCCCAAUUUCUCUGGUUUCCCCUCCACAAGUUGCGAGCUCAGAUGCGCUGCCUGGCAUUUUAACUGGACCGUUCAAGGGCUUUACUAUGCUCUCGGGAACCAAGUGAUAUAUCCCCCAGCUUCUCCCAUCCCUCAGUCUCAGAAUGAUGCUUAUCCUGAAUUGGAGGCAUGGGUGGGCAUGGAUUGUUGUGAUGCUACUCCGUUGCAUUCGAUGAGUGUUUAUGAUAUGAGGAAUUUGAGUUGUGCUGUUGAGCUUGUUGGACUUAAGGCGUAUGAGAUGUUUAAGCUAUUGGGAGCAGAGGCAACUACCCAAUGCUCCAAUGUUGCCACGGUAACCGGCAUCAAGACGUGGACCGACUAUGUACCAGAAAACAAGUUCCCUCCUCUUAGCUGGUCCAAGACCGCUAACCUUUACAUAUAUGGUAAUCAUUUUGAAACCUUUUCAAAGCAGGCAGCUGAUAUUAAGAAGCUUCUCUCUUCUCCUGACAUUCAAUGCUAUUCGUCAACAUUUCAAGAACAACUUCAAAAAAUUGGAGAAUUAUUUGAUGCUAAUAUACUACCAUCAGCUGCCCAUUGGUUGUUAUCUCAUAACUGUCCAUCAUGUUCUACAUGUAGCAGUCAGAGUGCCACACCUCCUAAUCUCACGCCCAUAACUGGCAACUCCGCCUGUCCUGAGAGUCGUAGAGAGGUCUCCUGCCUUGCACUUGACGUCUAUAAAAUAGCGGAAAGUGCUUACAUGUACUUGAACAUGAGGGCAGAGUCAAAAAGUGGGUGGAGCACUUCCUGCUCUGGGAUUUGGAAAGACUUUUGAACUGCAUUAACAGGCACUUUGCUACUUAUAAUUAAACUAAAAAUCGCUUAAUAUACAUUAUUAAUUUUUUACAUGAUUUAUCACUUAAUUUUUUGCUUUAAGUUUUAUUUUUUGCUGCUUUUUUGAGAGUGCUUACUACUUAGGCAAAUAAUAUUAUUUUUAUUUUUUCCCUUUUUUGUAAUCAAAUUACAUCACUUUAAA